GGGGCGUGUCCCGCUGCCGUUACUCCCAAACAGGAGCGAGGACAGGGCCAGUGAGAGAUCUUGUGGCCCCUCCGGAUCCAAGCCUGGCUUCAGUGCUGAACCAUCAAGCUGGAGUGGUGCUGGGUGCUGUAUCAUCCAUUUAUCAGUCUUGCUCCAUCCCUGACCCCAGAGAAACAGCCCUCAGAGUCCAAAGGUUUGAAGACAACGGAUAGGGUUAUCAAUUCUCCUUUCGUCCUAAGAAUUUUCUCAGCUUCUGUAGUUACUGGGUCAUUGUUCCCAUGAUGGAAAUUUUAUACAGAGGAUCCCAGACAAGCCAUUUAUCUGGGCGUCACAGGACAACUUUUGAUGGGAAGAAAUUGCUGACCCUCUGGACCGUGCUUUGUGGUGGUGUUAUUAUUCUUCUUUGGGGGUUUUUCAGUUUUCCUAAAAAAUUUGGAGCCACAAGAACAGUCAGAAAUAAGACGUGUGAGGAUGAAAUGAAGAUAUGCAUGAAUUCCUGGAAUAAACUUAAUCAGAACUGCUUCUUUAUUUUCCAACAUAAAAAUUCAUGGCUCACUGCACAGGAGACCUGCCAGCACUAUGAAGGAGAUCUGGUUAAAUUCAACGACAAGAUUGAAUUGGAAACUUUGAUGCAUCAUGUGCAGGCACUCGGAUCUUCAGCGUGGAUUGGGCUGAACAAACGAAAUAUACGCAAAUCCUGGGUUUGGACAGAUGGAAGUAAAUACAAUAAUUUGAAGACCAUCCAAGAGCAUGGUGACUGUGCCUUCAUGCAUAAAAAUGGUAUAGACAGUACCAGUUGUGAUGACCUAAAGGACUAUAUUUGUAGCAAAAUAGGCCAGUGCCCUUGAAGAUUUCUUCCAUCCAAAAGAAAAUGAAGAGCAAUGUCUUGUUUUAUGCAUGUUAAACCCAUGGUAAUGUGUUUUCAUUUCCAUCAACAUUGUUUUUAAAUCUAAUUUGACUGAUGAACAUUUACAUGAAUUUUAUCUUCAUCGAAAUAGUUAUUAAUAAGCCUAUAGAUUAAGCGAAAUUUGAGAUGGUACUGCUGAAUCACCAAAGUUGGUGCAUUUGAGGCUUGGGGAAGGAAGGUCCUUGCUCAGAAGUGAUUCAUCUCAGUGGAGUACAACGGAGGGCAGAGAGAAGAGAAAGGAAGAUCCUCUGCUUGUCUGAAAUCUGUGAAAAUCUUCAGAAAAGAGAAACAAGGGCUGUGGGAGGACAUGAACUAAAAAGUGUUCCAUUUGCCCUUAACACAUGGUUCAUGUGGAAUGGUUAACGAAGGCAUGAUGGGGAACUAUUCUGAUUCGGGGCCUUGUGUCAUCACUGGAGACCAGGCAACUCUCCACAGGUCUCUAGACCCUCAGUCAAACUGCUAAACUGAAGAACUAAAGAAAACCUGGGUUUGUUGUUGCCAUACUUGCAAAAAGAGCAAAGGAGGCAAGUUUUGUCGUGAGAUAAGGACACAAGCAGUCGGACGUAGAGAGGAAAACAAAGGAAGGAUCCUGGUGACCUCAAAGGACCUACGGAGACGAGCCUGGGUCCCCAAAGCUGUUUCAGAUUCUGGCUAAUAUUGAAAUGGUCUUGGAGGGAAGAGAGAGAAGAGGUUAACACUGGUCAUCAUUAAAAAUCUCUUCAGCUAC